GGUUCCGCACCUUUUUUUUCUUUCGAGUCGUGAUGUUUCCGAGGUAGUAAUAAUUUAAAUGACACCGUUAUUUUAUUACUUUUCUUGCAUUGUUGUAAAAUUCGUAAAUUCGUAAGUUCACAUUACGGUUCAUGUAAUAUUUACAAAACUACAUAAAUGUACAAUGCGGAACGUAAAAAUACGUAACUCAAAAUACGCAUAUGUCGCCGGCCGGUAAUUUUGUGUACGUGAUAAGUUGAAGAAAACGGAGGUGUUUAAUUAUUUAUAAGUCGUAUCUAAUAGCCUAAUCGAUAUGGCUGCAUUGAUGAAAACAAGAGGUUUGCGAAUGUCUGCACAGAAGCAGGAAACACUUUUAAAGUUGACUGUGUUAUCUCUUGCAGCAAUUUUAUCAUUUGCAACAAGAUUAUUUUCAGUCCUAAGGUUCGAGAAUGUUAUUCAUGAAUUCGAUCCAUAUUUCAAUUAUCGCACAACGAAGUAUUUAGCUGAAAAUGGAUUCUACAGUUUCCACAAUUGGUUCGAUGAUCGUGUUUGGUAUCCUCUUGGUAGGAUAAUCGGAGGAACAAUAUAUCCAGGUUUGAUGAUAACAUCAGCAGCGUUAUACCGUCUUUCAUGGCUACUAAAUAUUACUUUAGAUAUACGUACUAUUUGUGUCUUCCUUGCUCCAUUAUUUUCUAGUUUGACAGCAAUCAUUACUUAUUUGCUCACUAAAGAGCUAAAGGAUUCCGCAUCAGGACUGUUUGCAGCUGCGAUGAUAGCAAUUGUUCCUGGUUAUAUAUCACGAUCGGUGGCAGGGUCAUAUGAUAACGAGGGCAUAGCUAUUUUUUGUAUGCUAUUUACAUAUUAUAUGUGGAUUAAAGCAGUGAAAACAGGAGCAAUUUGUUGGGCAACAUGUGCUGCUCUUGCAUAUUUUUACAUGGUGUCUUCUUGGGGUGGUUACGUUUUCUUGAUUAAUUUGAUUCCUUUACAUGUGCUAACGUUAAUGGUCACUGGCAGAUUUUCACACAGGAUAUACACAGCAUACAGUAUUCUAUACUGCUUAGGAACAAUUCUCUCUAUGCAGAUAUCAUUUGUUGGUUUCCAACCUGUUCAAAGUUCUGAGCACAUUCUUGCAUUGGGGGUGUUCGGACUCUGUCAGAUACACGCCUUAGUUGAUUAUUUGCGUAAUAAACUGUCGCAAGAUGACUUUGAAGUACUGUUUCGUGGUCUUGUUGUUUCUGUAAUUAGUAUUUCAUUUAUCUUAGGAGUCAUUUUAACCAUUACAGGAAAAAUAUCACCUUGGACUGGACGCUUUUAUUCGCUUUUGGAUCCAUCCUACGCAAAAAAUCACAUACCAAUAAUUGCUUCUGUUUCUGAACAUCAACCAACAUCAUGGAGCUCUUUUUAUUUUGAUCUUCAAAUCUUAGUGUUUCUGUUUCCUUCGGGAUUAUACUUUUGUUUCUCGAAGUUAACGGAUUCUAAUAUUUUCCUUAUUUUGUACGGAGUCACGAGUUUAUACUUUGCCGGCGUAAUGGUCCGUCUAAUGUUAGUUCUUGCUCCUGUAAUGUGUAUUUUGGGCGGAAUUGGAGCCUCAUCUUUGCUUCUUACUUACAUGAAGCAACUAGAAAGUGGAAAAAUUAGCGAUAAGAAGUCUAAAAAGUUUGAAAGUAAUUAUAUACUUCGAAGCGAGAUUGCUACGCUUUUUAUAACGGUGAUGUGUAUUCUCUUCUUUUCGUAUACUAUUCAUUGUACGUGGGUUACAGCAGAAGCCUAUAGUUCACCUAGUAUCGUAUUAUCCGCACGUUCUCCGGACGGUGGACGAAUGAUCUUCGAUGAUUUCAGAGAAGCAUAUUAUUGGCUACGCAUGAAUACACCAGAAAAUGCCAAGGUAAUGUCUUGGUGGGAUUAUGGAUACCAAAUUACAGCGAUGGCGAAUCGUACAAUUUUAGUAGACAAUAAUACAUGGAACAAUACUCACAUAUCAAGAGUCGGCCAAGCAAUGGCGAGUUCCGAGGAAAAAGCUUACGAAAUAAUGAGAGAGCUAGACGUGAAUUAUGUUCUUGUAAUUUUUGGAGGACUCACAGGCUACUCGUCGGAUGACAUAAAUAAGUUCCUAUGGAUGGUACGGAUCGGCGGAAGUACUGAGAAAGGCAAAUCUAUUACGGAAUGGGAUUACUAUAAUUCCGCAGGAGAGUUUCGGGUCGACAAAGACGGUUCUCCAAUUUUGCUCAAUUGUCUUAUGUAUAAAAUGUGCUAUUACAGAUUUGGGCAAGUUUAUACCGAAGGUGGCAAACCUUCCGGAUACGACAGAGUUAGGAAUAUGGAGAUUGGUAACAAAGAUUUCGAGCUAGAUAUGUUAGAAGAAGCUUACACCACGGAGCACUGGCUAGUACGAAUUUAUAAAGUGAAGGAUUUGAGAAAUAGAGGAAUUUGAAAGUAUAUGGAUUAAUAAGAAAAGGGAGUAGUGCUAUCGAAACUUUGUAAACUAGUUCAUAAUCUCGCUCAUUUAUAAGUUUUAUAAUUGUUUAUGAGAUAUUAAUGUGGCACUAAAUACAGAAUAACAUAUUUCCAUAAACAGCGGCGUAUUCGAAACUUUGAUAAAAAACAUGCUCGAACCUCAUUGUAAACAUUAAUUUAGCGAACGUAAUUAUUGAUUUAUAGAAUUCAGUUCUGGGAGUCGUCUGUAUAUUCAUCGAUAACAUCAAACGACGUAUUUAUUUUAAUAUUGGCCACAACAAUAUACCGCAAAGAAUAUUUGAAGUACAGUAUAGUUUUUUAUGCCGAACACUCUUAGAAAAGCAUUUAUUUUAAGAAUAAAAUUAGUAAACAUACUCUGUGUUCAAAGGUUGAUAGUGAUUAAUAGACUGCGGAUCUUCGGGCAAAAUAAAAUCUUUGCAAACGUACCUACAAAAGAAAAAAUAUUCGAAGUCUGUUAAAAAUUGAACUUACAUAAAAAUUCUUGUUACCCUGCAAAUAUUAUAAUACUAUAAUAAUAUAAUAAUAGUUUACUUUCAAUAUUUUGUUUAUAUUAUUGCAUACUGUGUACAUUUUGUAGCUUCUUGCAUAUUCAAAUUUCCUAUAAAUGCAUAAAAAUCCGCAGUUUAGUGAUUAAUAUUCAUAAUUUCUUCCUAUAUAAAUACAUACAGAGAAUCUUUUUAAUUUUCAAAUGUAUAAAGACUUUUUUUUUACAUAUUUUUCUUACAUUUUGAUAAUUAAAGAUUUAAUCUAUAAUAAGACAGUAAUCGUUUAGCUAGGAAACAAAUUCGAUCUAAAGAUCAGUUUAUAUCAUAACCAAAACAAUAAAGCUCGAAAACGUUUACCCAUUUCAACAGCAUUAUAUCAUGUAAUAUAAUGCUAAUUACCUUCAAAAAUCAUUACUGCAUAGAAGUAAUAUGUAUCGACACGCCAUUCGUAUGUUUUACGAAUGCAUGCUAUACCACGUGUUACUUAAAGGUGUAACGAAUAUCAGUUUCUGUUUUUUACAAACUUGUAUGGACGUGUAUGAUUCCCGGUGAAUGUGAAAAAAUAAAUGUAAACGGACAGCAUUAGAUUUUAUACAUAUAUUUGACUUGAUAUAUUUAACAGAUUGUAAAACCCUUAAAUCUUAAGGAUUAAGAAACGCUCGAACAAUAAAUGUCUUUUAUUUCAGAAA